AGAAAAAAAUAAAAAAUAAAAAAUAAAAAAAAUAUUAGAGAGCAUUUCAAGAACAGGCAGCAGGUGGUUUUCCUUUGAGCCUUCCUUUCUCUGUCUACAAAUUUUUUCUUUCUUUUGCAGAGAUUUCUCUGCGCUUUCCCUUGUGGGAUCUGUUUUCCUCUGAUCAAUCUCAAUUUGGGGUUGCAUAUAAUUUAUCUCAAAAUUUGGCCGGGGAAAUCUAAGGUUCUACUCUGGAAGCCAAUCAGUUUGUUGAUUGUAGAAAGGCAUAACCAAAAAACUUCUAUUUAUCAACAUGGGGCAGAGGAAUAUACCAUCCAAUAGACAAAUGAUUGAUUUAGAAUCAGAUCAGCAAGGGCAAGACUAUAUCCACCCCGAGCCUUGUAUCUUUUAUGGGAGUGUAACAACUUUUCCGCAGCUUAAUGCCCAUACUUUAGGACCCGUACCAGCAUUAGGAAAUGCUGGCAAUAUGUAUUUGCAUCAUUUGCCAGAAGGCCCAGAAUAUCAUGACAGUGCUUUAUUUUAUGGGAUGCCACAGUACAAUAGCACUAUUCACACUCAUCCCGCUGUAAAUCUUGAUCCUGCUAUUGCUACAUCUUCCAAUCAUUAUAAUCCAUACAUGGGUGCUCCAGCUGCUACUUGUGAUUUCCCUAUUCCAAUCAAUCAUGCAACGCAUGAUCAGCUCCAAUUCUCAAGUAAUCAAAGCAUGGCUGGCAUUCACACAGAUAAUAAUGGAUGGAACACUCCUUAUGUGGAAGAUGUCAGAGGCUCGUUCAAGAGAAAAAUGGCUGAGGGAUUCCAUAGAAAUCUCCAGCACCAUCAUGCUAUGAUGGCUUCUAGCUCUUCUGCAGCCCCAAUGAUUUCGAAUGCACAUGGGUCAGAUACAUGUUUAACGGCUGCUGCGUCACAUAUGCAACCAAGUAAUUGCGAAUCAUUAAUGUUUGCGGAAGAUGGAUCCCUUAGAAGUGUGAGGAAUGGGUCUGGUGUCAGUGGUUCAGAAUCUGUAGCGGCACAUAGCUUCAGUCACAUUAAUCAAGUAAACUAUGCAGGCCAAUCCUUUCAAUUGGCUGGCAAUCCUCAGUUGGACAUGCAGUUCUGCAGUAGCAGUGGACAGAGUGAAACUUGGGCCUGGAAUCAGGGUGCUCCUUUACCCUACAUGCAGGGGAACAUGGGAGGUUGUUUAGAGGCUGGAGUCAUGGGUGUGCAAGGUUAUCAAGUAACUGCUAACAAUAGGAGCUUGACAAGCUUUAUGCACCCUCACAUUCCUCUUGUUCAUUCAAAUGCUCAUCAUCCGCUACCAUCCUUGCAAGGGAUUAGAGGCCAUAAUAUCAACUUUCCUCCUCAAGUGCCAUCAUCUUCACGUAGACACAUAGCAAAUGGCUCAUCAACAAACAACAUAAAUCCUUUUCCAGGUGCGGUAGAGGGAGGAGGUCCUAGAUAUAUUGCGCCUUUUCCACCAACUGGCAUUAGGCUUUACAGGCCUCGUCGAAGGGACUUCACAUUAGAGACAAACAAUACAAGGCAUCGUAACAUUCCUAAUGUGAGAGUUCUGCCAGAUGAUGGAGUAGCAAUGCUAGAGAUUCCUGGCUACGGUGAAGUAGGGGAUUCUGAUGAUCAGCACAGAGAUAUGCGUAUGGACAUAGAUCACAUGUCUUACGAGGAGCUUCUUGCAUUGGGUGAUCAGAUUGGCAGUGUCACUACUGGUUUUUCAGAAGAUGCCAUUAUUAAUCAUUUGAAAACAAGAUUAUUCACCUUCCCAACAACUUCUUCUAGUUCAGAAGGUGCUGAAUGUCUGGAUCAAGAAACUGAUUUCUGUGUCAUAUGCCAGAAUGGCUACGAGGACCAAGAAAACAUUGGAAGACUUGAGUGUGGGCAUGAGUAUCACUUAGAUUGCAUAAAGAAGUGGCUGAUUGUGAAGAACAGUUGUCCAAUCUGCAAAUCCGCGGCAUUGUCAACAUAACAAAAGGGUUCAUAAAAAUGGUUGGCAGAACGCCUUGGGGAAGAAGCCUAAUCUUUCGUUCUUUUAUAUCUAAGAAGUAUUUAUUGUCCAAUGAGAGGGGAUGGAUUCUUGAACUGUAUUAUAUCCUGUACAUAAUUCUCCCCGUCCAAAUCUAGCUGCCAAAACUGCAGCAAAAUGUUUAUUCUGUUGGGCUUAUAUCCGUGAUCUGGAAAUUGUACAGACAACAGAACUCUAAAUCUUGUUCCAGACAUGCAUAAUAGCUGUAUCAAAGUCCUGUUGAUAUGU